GACAAAGUCACGUGACAACCGCGCGUUCAGUCCGGUUGUGAUGGGUCGUGUCGGCCACUGACGCGGUAGUGGGUCCCCAGCGACUGUGGUCCCCACCUGCCGGUCAGCUGACUUCCCCAAAGGCUUCGACAUGCUGCGAGAGAGCAACGGCUCAGGGGCCUACAGCAGCGAUCCUGAAGAGGACGAGGAGGAGGAGGAGGAAGAGGAAGAGGACAUGACGUUUGGGGAGACCGAUCCGGACGCGAUGGCGGAGGAGAUGAUGGAUCUAAGCGACCUCCCCGCGGCGCUCUUUGCAUGCAGCGUCCGUGAAGCUGUGUUCGAAGAGCACGGACACAGGAGCCUCGUUGAGCCCUGAGUUGUGUGUCGAGCCCGUUCCCCGGCUGCUUCUCCGAGUUAUUUCUGAGGAGAGCGAAGCCGGCAGACCGGCAUCCAAAUCAAUUGUUGCCGGUUGUCAUUCACAGAAAAGGACGAUUGACAGAAUGUUUCUCUGCACUUGUCUUUCGCUGUUGUUACUUUGCCGGAAAAUUCAAUUUGUUUUUCUUUGCUUCUCGUUUGUUCCUGUUUUUCUUUUGAUGCUUCAUUUGUUCCUUUCUCCCUCAAGUGUUUUCUCUGCCUGUCAUUGAAGUUCGUCUUCGUGUGCAUCUCACUCUCUUUGCCUAUCUCUGUCUCCGUCAUGUUGCUUAUUGAUGACCGAUACCCAAGUUAUUGGCGUCUGGGGGCCUGUGAUGUGUGAUCUGUUGCACUGGUGGCUUGUCUGAAAUAGAUACGGAAGCUAAAGCAUAACUCUCUGUCUCCCUUUUCAUUUUGUAUGCUUCUGAAUCGUCCUUUAAAGUUCAAUUGUUCUCAUAAUUGUUCUUUUUCUUCUAAUGCACCUUAAAUGAGUGAAUAAUAGAGAUCCUGUUUCCCUCUUUGUUGGCCUGCAUCCGUAAAUGGUCCCCGCUUCCUCUCAGAGUGCGGCGCUGUGUCCGGAGCCCUGGGACCACCACGGGUCCUUCCCCGCCGCUCCUUUUUCUUCUUCUUCUUUUUUGUU